AAAUCAAGUUUUAUUUUAAAUUACUUUGAAUACAAACAUACAUUCAUAAAACGAGAAGCAGUAUAAAAAUGUUUUCUGAAAAACAGACACGGGGUGGUGAUGUAAGUGAAAGCAAUUCAGGAAAUAAAGCAUUAAUCUGAGAGGGUAAUUAUUGGAAGAGAAAUGGCUCCUGCAGAGACUGGAACAGUCAGAGGAAUGGAUACACCCACACAUUUCAUCAUGCCAAAACCAUGUUUGUAGUCACACCUACAACAGGUCUCCUGACCUCAUCUCAAAUAGAAGACUACUGGGAGUAGUCAAAGGGGGUAUAAAUGGUGAAACAAGUAUUAUGACAUUGUUCUCCAACCUCCAUGUGUUUUACACAUGCUGUGAUAUUGUACACACUUACAAUAAGGGUUGAGCUUGCCUUGUGAUGGUGUGACACGUUUAAUUUUUUUUGACAAAGCAUCAGACCCUUUGUUUAAAUAUAUGAUUCAGUAUGGAAGUCUUGAGGUAUACCAUUACAACGGAUAAUUUUUCAUGAGAAAAAACAUAUUGGUAUCUAGCCAGAAGAAAGUCCCAUGGAUGAAAUGAACUGUGCUCCUUAUUAAGCCUAAAUGCCCCAAUGCAAAAGACACCCACAGUUUAAAAAGGAAGGUAAGUCAUAUGGUACCUCGUUAACGGCAUUUUCCCAGUAACAAAGGUUUUAGUAAAAAGGAAGUUGUCCUGUGGUAAUUUUGCUUUAUUGCUGUCCACGGGACAGAGGACUUUCAUGAAUUAUAUCAUUUCCAAAAACGAUUAGUAGUUGUUAGUGCGCGCGUGUGCAACACUGUCGUCUGUUACAAAAUCUGUAGCCUACCAAAAGACUCCGUGCAGCAAAUUUAGGUAGCAUUGCCUUGUGCAGCAAACAAUUAACUCUGGCUCGGUUGACAGCUGAAUUCUUCCCUCCUUGUGCAAACAAUUUAGAAUGCCUUCAUCUUUCGCUUUCAGUGGCAAACUUAUUCUCAUUGGCUUGACAUUCCACACAGUAUUCCUUAUCCGCCUUCAAUCGGUGGUCUAACAACCCCAGCUCUUUCUUCGUCCCGCCCUUUCGUUUGCGCUCGCUCGGAACUGUUGUUGUGCUGAAGUCAAACUGAGCUGCCAUUCAAGCUUUCUCUCUCUCUUAACCAAAGAGGAGACACAGACCUCGGCUGUGUGUCAAUCUUCAAUUCGAUUAGCUAUAUUCGCUGCCCAUCCAACAGGAAGCUCUCUCGAUUGGUGGAAAUCCGCAGGCAGGUCCUGCCCUUCUUCGCCCUGUGGUGGCCUCCAGCCAGCUCAGGCGAUUUACUUUGGGUUGUACGGUCCGGGGAACUCAGCUGGGCGCGCGCGCCCGUUCUUUCUUUUCUCGGUGCUGCGGACUAGGUGGAGAGGAGGGAGGGGAAGGACCCGCGGCCGCUGCGGCCCAGGUUUGUGUAACUGGGUCUGCUGGAAAGCGACCAGUUGCUCCCUUCCGUGUCCCACUACCCUGCCUGGGUAUCUACCGCGGAGCAUUAGACCGUUUACCCCGGUGUAUCGCGCUUCCACUGUUCUCCUGGAAGGCCUGUAAAUAUGAGCUGUCCCUUGGAAUGCGGGAUGCACCGCCCCUCUUCCUCCUCUUCGAGGCAGUAUUCAGCCAGAGGAAAGAAACAGAGAUCAACCACUUAAGAUGUGAGAGGUCUUCUUCUAAAGGAUUGUUUUUACAAAAUGGAUCGGAGCAAGCGAAAUUCAAUAGCGGGACUUCCACCACGUUUAGAGCGCAUUGAAGAUUUUGAUGGGGGUGGCGGAAAUGAUGGGUCCAUGUCCCAGAUGGGCAGAGUUUGGACUUCUUCAUAUAAAGCCUUGAUAAGUGCCUUUUCAAGACUUACAAGACUUGAUGACUUCUCCUGUGAGAAAAUAGGAUCUGGUUUCUUCUCUGAAGUAUUCAAGGUGCGGCAUAGAGUAUCAGAUCAAGUCAUGGCCCUGAAGAUGAAUACACUAAGCAGCAAUCGUGCAAAUAUGUUGAAAGAAGUUCAGCUCAUGAAUAGACUUUCACACCCAAACAUAUUAAAGUUUAUGGGUGUCUGUGUACAUCAAGGACAAUUGCAUGCCCUUACUGAGUACAUCAACUGUGGUAACCUGGAACAAUUGUUAGAUAGUAAUCAGCACUUGUCCUGGACAGUGCGAGUAAAGCUGGCAUUGGAUAUUGCUCUCGGACUCAGUUAUCUCCAUUACAAAGGAAUUUUCCACAGAGAUUUGACUUCCAAGAACUGUUUAAUAAAGAAUGAUGAGAAUGGAUAUUCUGCUAUAGUGGGUGAUUUUGGGUUGGCAGAGAAAAUUCCUGAUUAUAGAAGUGAGAAGUUGCCAGUGGUAGGUUCUCCUUACUGGAUGGCACCUGAAGUCCUGAGAGAUGAGCCAUAUAAUGAAAAGGCAGAUGUGUUCUCAUAUGGGAUCAUCCUUUGUGAGAUUAUUGCAAGGAUCCAGGCAGACCCAGACUAUCUCCCACGAACAGAGAAUUUUGGACUGGAUUAUGAUGCCUUUCAGCACAUGGUGGGGGAUUGUCCUCCCAACUUUCUCCAGUUAGCCUUCAAUUGCUGCAACAUGGACCCAAAGUUACGCCCUUCAUUUACUGAUAUUGUCAAAACACUGGAGGAAAUUCUGAGCAAUUUGAAAAGAGAAGAAGAUGAAAGAGAAAGGAAGCUACUAAAUCUGGAUAUUACAGAUCGAAAACCCAUAUCUGUUUCCAAAGGAUUGCUAGAGAGGGGACAAGGUAUCAAACGGCUGAGCUCAUUGGAUGACAAGAUCCCACCUAAAUCACCCCGGCCACGGCGAAACAUCUGGCUAUCACGCAGUCAGUCAGACAUCUUCUCUCGGAAACCUUCCUGCAAGAUAAAUGUUCAGGAUCCAUAUUAUACACCAAGCAAAGGGGCAAGUCGAAAAGUCAACCCCUUCAAUUCUAGGGAAGACUUGAAAGGGGGGAAGAUAAAAUUUUUUGACUUGCCUAGCAAAUCCGUGAUAUCUCUUGUAUUUGACCUGCACUCUCCAGAAGCAAGAGGAUGUCUAAAAAUGAGCCAGCCGCUAUUCAAGCACACCUAUGCCUCUGACUGGCAAGGCUCUUCUUUCUUUCCUGGGAGAAGAAGCAGAUCACUUCCAGUUUCUCCUGAAUUUGGCCCUAAAGAUUAUAGCGCAUUUGGAGGUAUCUCUUCAACAGUCAGUUGCUGUGAUCCCACGCAGCUAGGGGCUGAGGUGCGCCAGAGGCUACUAUGCAGUAGUAAGUAUGGUGUAUCUGAGAUCCCUCCUUUUCAGGUUAAACAACGCAGGCAGGACUCUCAUCCUCUGCUUCUGCAAGAGGAGGAAAUGGAUUGUUCUGAUGAACUGGAGUCUCUAAACAAAAAUGGGUAUUCUGUAAAAUGUUCAGCUGAAGAGCCAGAACUUGGGAAGCCUGAGGGACAAGUGCUGCAAAACACUCCUGGCCAAGUGGCUAAUAUCUUAGUAGACAAUUUAGACUACCCAGAAAAUCAAUUCCCAGAAAUGUUCAUGAGCUGUACCACCUCUGAAGAAAUGGAGGUUGAAGAUGAAACUCAAAGGAAUAUGCCUUCCACUAAAUUGGAAUCUUCUAAACGGUUGCUCAGUAUUAAUCCUUCCUCACAGCAUGGCAGAGACUCCGGCUUCCUUGAAGUGGUGGACAGUGACAGUUCAAAUGUUUCUCUGCUGCCUUCAGACACACUAGCAUCAAUAAGUGGACAGCCAAAAUGUGACAUUUAAAACUAGCCAUUGGAUGAUUAUGAUGAUACACUUCUAACUAUGGUUUUAACUUCCUGUGUCAAAUGUCUCUAAACAGUAUAGAAAUGUAACCAGUCCAUUUGAAAAUUCUAAAAUGUAUUAUGAGAGAUCGUAUGCAUGCAAGGAUGUGCGUAAAGAAUUCUCAGCAUACCUCAGGAAGAAGCUAAUAUAGGAAUAAGGUUUGCUGUUGAAUGCCUGAUUCAUGUAGGGUCACAGUUAUAGAGAUAGUGAGAUUAUGGACAUCUCUCCAUGUUCCUAUUUGUGUUAUUCAUACUUUUUACAUUCUGUUAAAUGUUUUUUUUUUAAACUUAGUGUCUCCUUGAACCUUCAAAAUCUUUGUCUCAUUAGCAGUAAAAAUGCUGAGCAGCAAUAAAUAUUUAUGUGGAAAAUAUUUAAAAUAACAAGUAUCCUGAGUCGGGGGCAGACUGUCCUGGACUAGUCUUACUUACCCUGGCCAACCUUCAAAGUAUUAAUUUUAAAACCUAGUAUUCUGAACAAUGUCCAUUGUUGGAAUAUUCUGCGAAUAGAAGUUUAUACUUGAAGUUGCUUAAAGGUAAGGGCAGUUGAUUUAGAUAUUACUGGACUACAACCACAACUGUUCUGGCCAGUAACAAGGGCUGAUGAGUUGGAGUCCAUUAUUAUCGCAGGUUGCCCAAAAACAUGUACAAGAUUUUUUGUCAUGGGAAUUUCAGUUUCAAAAUCAGCUUCUCUGGAAGUAGUUCAACAUAUCAAACCAUUUCUACAAUAUUCAAAAAAUUUUGGUCCAUGAUUGCAAGAAAUCACUUUUGGAUUGAUUAAUUUCUAGAAUAUCCUAUUUUGGAUCAACCAAAAUAGAAUGGUUUGCAAUGAUACUUCCCCACUUUUGCUAUAAAUAAACAGGAAGAAUAGGACUCCGAAUACUAUAACAAUUAUUAAAUAAGUUGAGAUUUGGCUACAAUAACUUCCUUACCUUUUCCAGUCCAGUUGCAAACAGUGGAGGCACUGAGCACAUUCCUACUUCAGGCAUUCCUUGUUAAAUUAUUAGUUGCUUGUCCAGGUUUUAUUUGCUGGUAAGGAAAUUUUCCAUCAGCCAUUUUACUGAAGGAACAGCAAAGUUCCUUUUUUGAAUAAAUUGCUCAUGAAACAAAAUGAGAUGAAUAUUUUUUAUCUCUUAAGUAACCUUAUUCCCUUUAUUGUAGAAGCAUGAAACGUAUGGUCAUCAAAUGUUUGGCAUGGAAACUCCCUUCAACAUAUUUUAAAAAUCCAGUUUUGCAUGCAUAUCUUCAAUUAGUCUAUGUGCGUCACUCACAUUGAAACAUGGUCUCUGUGUACAAUUUAUAUAAAUUUUGUAGAUAAGUUGCUUGAAAUCUCUCAAAUGGAAAAUGAAUUUUAAAGUGUAGCUACAGAAAUAGCACAUCCAGACCAGCAUUACAUGCUCAGAACUUAAUAGGAGUUAAUAUAGAUUAUAUAAAAAGGAUUAAACUCCCAAAUUUUGCCUCUAGUUAGAAUACACUUGAAAUUAGUUCUGGUGAACAUAAUUUCCUAAUGUUCAUUCCUCAAAACUGAACUAUAGAAAGGGCAAAUCCUCACAAAAUAUGAAGCAAUAAAAGCAAAGUCACAAAUAUUGAGCAGACCAGUUUUGCAAGCUAUGUUUGUUUAUAGAAGUUAAUGACAGUCUCAAGCUGGAGAACAAAAUUGUCUUAAUUAUUCAUUUGAAAAUUUCUAAAGUAGCACCAUAUUCCAGUUCAAUUGUUUCCUCUUUCAGAAUUAGUGAUAAAGAAUCCCAGUAGUUAUUAUCAGGCUGCUUUAUUUAAAACAGGUGGCACGAUUUUAAAUUUGGUAUCAUUUUCCUCCACCCCAUCCAAAGCAAAACAAUUGAAUGUAAUUUAUGCUCAGCUCUGGAAAGCACCAAGUAUGCAAUGUGUCUCAGAGGCCAUUUCAAUUUCACUUCCAGAAACUAUUCCAUCCUUCGCCCACGUUAGUUUAUAACUUGCUCUGCAGAUUCCAUUCUUGUAACCUUUCAAUAUCUCACUUUUACUGCUUUUGAAGGCUAGAUGUGACAAAUUACUUCCAUUCUGGUCACAUUCCCCCACCCUUUUUUGUAUAUUUUCCUGGUUUUUUUUUAUAGACUCUAAGAAGUGGUACCCUCUCUUGUUAAUGGGAUAAUAGAUUCCUACUGCAGUUGCUCUGCCUUCUUGGUAGAGUGUUAGUGAUAACCUAGGUCCUUGAUGCAAAAGUAAGUCUUUCUAGACUGCCAUUUAACAAAAGUUGGCUUCAUAGGAGCUUGAGAAAGCAAACUACAAAGUUAUUGAAUGGUUAAACAGAAAAGUAAUCUGUCAUCUUAUACAACAUGUAAACACUAUUAUCACAUUCUUUGGGUACACUAGGGGUCUUCAACCUUGGCAACAUUAAGAUUUGUGGACUUCCAACUCCCAGCAAAGCUGGCUGAGGAAUUCUGGGAGUUGAAAUCCACAAGUCAUAAAAGGGCCAGGUUUGAAGACCCCUGGGGUACAUCAUGGAAAGCCAGCAUUGAGGACCAGCUAUGAGCCAUCAUCUGUACUCUAUACAGAAUGUGGCCAAAUGAAUGCAUAAUUUGUACAAACACAACAAUGCUAGAUGGUUUUGCUUUUCAGCAUGUUUGAUUUGCUAACAAAGAUGCAUAUUGCUUUUGACAAGCCACCUGAAAACACUUGUAAGAUCCUCAGUCGAUUUUUAAUUCAUUAAUUUUGUCUAAAUUACAUUUAAUAAGCAUAUCAGAGGAUAUUCAUGUGGCCAACUGAUGAAAGACUGUGAAUACAUGUAAUGUAACAAAUUGAUGCCAGAGUAGAAAAAAAGUGUACUAUGGAUUCUUGGUUGCUGGAUCUUGUCCAAGAACACUGGUAUUUCUUGCCAGUUUAACUAGACACUUGAAUAAUUCCUCUUUGCACUUAAUGCUGCUGUUUAUACUGCAUGUCACUACAUUUCUAUGCAAAAAUAACCUUUGAGGUAGCCAAAUAUUUGAUUUAAGGUUUAUAGAUCUUUAUAAGAUCUAUUUUCAUAUUUAUGAAGGAAUUUUAUGUCUUAAUAUUUGCUGUCUGUAAAUAGCUAAAUUUUGUCAUUAAAGUUUAGGAAAAAAAAUUAUAGCAUGAUGUGUAUAAUUUAACACUGCCAAGAAAAGGAUUUUUUAAAAAGCAGUUUUCUAAUACUUUAGAUAUUUAUGAAUGUUUAAAGAAAACAAAUCUUGAUUUGUAUGUGUUGAUUCAUAUUGUCUGAUUCCCCCCCCCCUUAGAAUUACAUAAGCAGUAUGUUUCACUGGAACUAAAAAAAAAACCAAAGAUAAACGUAGUUUAAAAUAUCUGCAAAUUUUCUUUAUAGUUUUUGUAAACUAUUCCCCAGUUUAGUCAGAAGAAAAACAAAUAUGUUUUUGUGGUUGAGAAGACAAAACUUACGAAGCAAAGGAGCAAUAUAAAAUGGCUUCAAACAAUUUCUGGGAAACACCCAUUCUGAUUUAAUAUUCACACAUUCCAGUAUUUUGUUGUGCAAGUGAUAAUGUUUUUUUCUGUUACAGUCAGAUUCCAGGAGAGUCUUUGUCUCAUUCCAGAAGGAAUUCCUUAUUGUGCUUUCACGUUUUCAGAUUUUCAGUUAUGUAUUCACCAAAAAUUAAUGCUGGUGGUAGAUUAUCCUAACAUUUGUUUCUAGAGAAGACACAUCACAUUUCAUAGUGUGUAAGCUGCAGUUACCUUAUAUUAAAAAGAUAGUAACUGGAGCCAAUGUCAUGUUGGUAAGUUAAAUGCUUUCAUAUAACAAGUAAUGGGACAGUUGUUCUGUUGAGGCAUUUGCAUUUGUGCUACAGAUCAGUGUUCUAUUAAUUUGGAUAUUUCUAUUUUCUAAGUAAUCUAUGUAUCCAUCUUGAAGUUUUCAAGUUAAUUGCAUUAAUGAAGGAUAGAAUUACCAAUCAACUUUCACUAAAUGAUUGAAAGUUCUUUUUGAGCAAAAAAUUCUCCUUGCUCUUUAAGUUAUUUAUCUUACUUAACAACUGCCCAUCUCCUUCACAGAGGGACUCUGGGCAGUGUACAAUAAAAUCUACUCACCAUUUUUAACCAGCCACCUCAUUUCUCAUUUGUUUUACUCUGUUUUCAAAGGAAAACAGAGUAAAACAAUCUAAAUGCUUUCAUUUUUCUUAUACCAAAAAACAGCUCUUGAUUUCACAUUUAACAGUUAUCCUUCAAAUAUCAAAUAUGUUUGGAAUAUAGAUGGAUAUAAAAUUAUAAUUUUAUUCAAUUCCUGUGAAAGUAUAAAUAAUAAAAUUUGUAAGUAUUAACAUUUAUAAAAAAUUUGUGUGCUACUGCUGCAUCACUUUACAUUGAUUUCAAAUUUUGUCAUUUUGCUGUCCAUCCUCACAAGUUGAUAACAUCUGGCUAGAGCUAUUCAGUUAGCUUGAGCUUUCGUUUCUCUAGCUUGGUAUUAAUGACCAGCUUUAGCUACUUCAUUGCUCUCCCCAGCAACAGCUUUUAAUAAGUUGAACGUUAUUGACCUCAGUAAAGCUGUUAUCAAAUAAUGCUUUCCAGCAAUGUAUCUGGAACAGAUAAAGACUAAUAAAAGAAUCAUUAUUUAGCUUCCAAGAGAUCUCAUUACUGUUUUGUUGUGUGUAACUGGAAUACAUAACUUCACGAUCUGUAUUACAAAAAGACUUGCAACAAUAAAUUAACAGCUAAAAAGCUUCCAGUCUGCCAAAUAUUUUGAUACAAAAAGCUAAACAUUAUUUAAUAAGCAAAACACCAAUAUUUUAUUUCAACAAAGAUUGGUGAUGGUACAGAAGAAAAAUAUCCCUUUGAAUAAUUAUACUAGAAUGGGACUGGGAGCCUAUGACCUUCCAAAUGUUGAUUUGUAACUCUAUCCUGCAUUACUGUUUUUUUCCAACAGAAAGCUUAAUUUGCAUUUGGAAAAUAAGACUUCAAUAGAACUGUAAAAAAAAAA